CACAACUGCCGCCAAGGGUGGUUACUGGUUAUUACCUUAUAUAUAUAUUUGUAUAUAUAGGCGAUAAAGCGACAUACAUAUAAUAUACGUAAUAUAACCGUCCUGUAUUACUGUACAUAUUUACAAGAGCUUUACAGUUAACGCGUUGCAACGUUACCGUGCCCCGUAUGAUCACCAUCAGCAAACCUCAAACACAAUAAUAUUUUCACUCAUUUACCAAAUUAUACAUCUCUACAGUCACUCUAUUACAUAACAUUCGACCACACCCCCGUCUAAAACUGGACUCCGCACAGUCCAACGUAAAUUUAUGAAUUUUUUCUUCCCGUUAGUAUACAUAUGUAGAGUAUAUUCACUACACCCAUACGUCGCUGACGGAUCGAAAUAAAACGGACGCACAGCGCGUAUAUUGUAUUACAUUUUAUACGUUUGAAUAGACUCCUGAAGCAUCACAAACGGCAUCGUAUACGAAAAAUCAUACAUUAUCGACGACUGCGAUAGAAACGAUAUAUAGACGGAAAUAAAUUGAUUCAAAAUAUGUGGUAAAUGAUGAGACUACAAGGAGACAUGGAAUCAACCGAUGACGAGCUUGACCAAAGUGUGUUCGAAAACAAAAAUGGCCUAGCUGAUGAUAUGGCGUUCUUGGCCAGUAUGCCCGAAUUAUGUGAUGUAACUUUUUUAGUCGGUGAAACGAGAGAACCCGUGUGUGCUGUAAAAGCUGUCUUAGCUGCAAGGAGCCGAGUAUUCCAUAAAAUGUUAUACCAGCCACCGAGCCCUCAAAGAAAAAAAGAAGUUUUACCUAAAGAGACCACAAAACUAAGACGGCCUACAUUUCUUAAACGAAGCAGUGAACCACUUCUCAAUGUAAAAAAUGCCAAUACACAAACUCAAUCCAAUCAACACCAAACAGUCGUAGUUGAUGAAUUUGAACCAGACGUGUUUCGCCAACUCAUUGAAUAUAUACACACUGGUUGUGUAACUUUGCAACCCAGAACAUUAUUGGGAGUACUGAAUGCAGCAGAUUAUUAUGGCCUGGAAGAUCUGCGGAAAGCUUGCACGGGUUUUGUUCAGUGUUGCAUAAAUGUGGACACGGUCUGCGCACUCUUGUCAUCGGCAGAGCGGUAUAUUCAAUACAAAUGUACCAAAAGCCUCGUUCAGAAGGUUUUGGAGUUUGUCGACGAGCACGGAAACGAAGUGUUAAACCUUGGAUCAUUCGCACUAUUACCGCUACACGUGGUCCGGUUGAUAUUAAGCAGAGAUGAACUGAAGGCAGACGAAUUCACUAAAUUUCAGGCCGCGCUUAUGUGGACAAUGAAAUAUGGCGAUACAAAUACGAAUGUCGACUGGAAAGAAGUUUUUGUGGAAAAUUUCAUGUCGUCCAUUCAAUACCACAAAAUACCGGCUAAUGUACUUAUGAAUGAAGUGGAACCUUUAAAACUGGUUCCAUACGAAGUGAUCAUGACAUCAUUAGCGUAUCAGGCAGACCCCUCCUGUGUCGAUCCCGACAAACUGAAGAGGGCCUUGAGAAUGGGUAAUUAUCAUGGACUGAUGGGCAUCAGUAGUACAAUUGGCACCGUAACGGCUGAAAGAACCAUGUCGGUGCAGAGUUCAGGCACACACCAUGGUUCCAGCUCGACUAUUAGCUCCAUUGGAUCUAGCGAUCUGGUUGGUUCUGACAAAACUUGAUCCGAGAGAACUCCAAGUUCAUAGGCGUGCGCAUUAGCCUUAACCUUGGUUUUAUUUAAACAAACACUUCCAAUUUGUUAUUAAUUGGAUAUUAUUGCGUCUAAUUAUAAUUACAAUUAUUAAAUAUUUAUUAACAUUAAACAAUCAGAUUUAUUCUAAUAAAAAGACUGUGAUGGUUACUAAAAUGAAUUUUACUUGAAAACAACAAUAUCAUAUUAUUAUACAUACCUACAAUUAAUAUUAAAAUUAAAUUAAAUACAAAAUUUAUUAUUAUUAAGGACCAAUGAUAAUCUAAAGUUACCUUUAACAAUAACGUGAGCAUAAUAUAAUAGUUACAUACAUUUCAAAUCCUAUUUGCGCACGCCUAUGUAUACAAAUAUAUAUAUUGAAUAUAUAUGUAUUCAAAAAAUAAAAGCAUUUUAUCAAAAAUGAAUUAACUUGAGAUCCAUAUAAAGUUCGAUUUAAAUUGACUCCAAUCCGAUCAUUCAAAUUCAAAAAAAUCACCUAUACCAAUGAGAUGUUUAACUAUUUGAAUUAUUUAAUAUACAUGAUACAUUAUUGUACCUACCAUAAUAGGUAUCUUUAAAUCGUUAUGAUAUUUAUAUUCAAAUUCAA